CAAGUUCUUCUUCUCCUUCUCCAAUUCUCUCUCUCUCUCUUGCGUAAACAGUUUGUCCAUUUUUUUUUGGUCUGAACAGUUUGUCCUUAAAGCAACUGAUAAAAGGCAGUGUUUCUUUUUCUGUUAUUUAACUCAAACUUUUGGGUCCUCUGACUGUUAUAAACAGCCAAAAACCGUCUCUGAAACCUGCAGAGAAGAAUAAGAAGUCUCAAAGAUUCUGUUUCAAGCCUCCCCCACUUGGGUUUGCUGAAGAAGUACAUGAGGUGCUUAUUGAAUCUGUGGCUAAGUCCGAGUUGACCCCACUUGGGAAUUGCAGUGGGAAAGCAAUAAUUAUGAGGUCUUUGUCUUCCAACUCUCAACACUUAUUAUCUGUGUGAGGUGUUCUUGUGCUGUUCUCUACUCAAUUGGCUUGUCUUGGUGGGAGUCACCAAGGUUGAAGCUUUGGUUUUGGUUCUUUCAGCUUUUGGUGGGUGUCAAUUUAUUGAGCUCAGCAAGGGUUGUGUUGAGGGGUUUGAAUUCAUAGUUCAGCUGGGAAUGGUUUUCAAGUGAAGAUCAAAAUCUGAGGAUCUGGGAUUCAGUCAUUUCUGAAGUGAUUUCGUAUUGGUUCUUAUAAACGUGUUCAUAUUACUGGAUGUCAAUUUGAGGAGUGGGAGGAGAUAUCAGAGGAAUAGCUUUGUGGAAAUCUGCAUAGUGAAGAAUCAUUUGAAAUAGUCCAAUGGAUUUAGGAGGGGAGAUUGGUGAAGACAGUGAUACCAACAAAGGUAGUAUGUGGGUUUUGGAUCAGAAGCUUGACCAACCCAUGGAUGAGGAGGCUGGCAGGCUUAGAACUAUGUACAGGGAAAAAAAAUUCUCCUCGCUAUUGCUUCUACGGUUUGCAUUCCAAAGUCUUGGAGUGGUUUUUGGAGAUUUAGGCACUUCCCCCUUGUAUGUUUUCUACAAUACAUUUCCUCAUGGAAUUGCAGAUCCUGAGGAUGUGGUUGGAGCUCUUUCAUUGAUUAUAUACUCUCUUACUCUUAUCCCACUCAUCAAGUACGUAUUUGUUGUCUGUCGGGCGAAUGACAGCGGGCAAGGUGGAACAUUUGCUCUUUAUUCAUUGCUCUGUCGGCAUGCAAAAGUAAAAACUAUUCCCAAUCAGCACCGGACCGAUGAAGAGCUAACAACAUAUAGUCGUUCUACUUUUCAUGAACAAUCGUAUGCUGCAAAAACCAAGAAGUGGUUGGAGGGACAUGCAUCAAGGAAGAAUGCACUUCUUCUUCUGGUCCUUGUUGGCACUUGUAUGGUUAUUGGAGAUGGGAUUCUUACACCAGCUAUAUCAGUUCUAUCAGCUGCUGGGGGGAUCAAAGUAAACAGCCCUAAGAUGAAUAAUGAUUAUGUCAUACUUGUAGCCGUUGUGAUAUUAGUGGGUUUGUUCAGCAUGCAGCAUUAUGGGACAGAUAAAGUUGGUUGGCUCUUUGCUCCCAUUGUGCUGCUUUGGUUUCUCUUGAUCGGAGGUAUUGGCGUAUUCAACAUCUGGAAAUAUGACAGUAGUGUUUUGAGAGCUUUUUCACCUGUGUAUAUAUAUCGGUAUUUUAAAAGGAAUGGGAGAGAUGGUUGGACUUCCCUUGGAGGUAUUAUGCUUAGUAUAACAGGGACAGAAGCACUCUUUGCCGACCUUGCCCAUUUUCCAGUUUCAGCUGUACAGAUUGCUUUUACCACAGUCGUGUUUCCUUGCCUUCUUUUAGCCUAUUCUGGUCAAGCUGCCUUUCUUGUAGUACAUCAUGAUAACAAUGAAACUGUGACUCAAGCAUUUUAUCGUUCUAUUCCAGAUAGGAUAUAUUGGCCAGUCUUCGUUGUUGCGACUCUAGCUGCCAUAGUUGCAAGUCAAGCAACUAUAUCUGCAACUUUUUCAAUAAUUAAGCAGGCUCUUGCACUUGGCUGUUUUCCUAGGGUCAAAGUUGUACAUACAUCAAAGAAGUUCCUUGGCCAAAUAUAUAUUCCAGAUAUUAAUUGGAUCCUUAUGAUUCUUUGCAUUGCUGUGACUGCUGGAUUCAAAAAUCAAAGCCAAAUUGGAAAUGCUUAUGGGACGGCGGUUGUAGUGGUCAUGCUGGCAACCACUUUCCUUAUGACUCUAAUCAUGAUAUUGGUGUGGCGCUGCCAUUGGAUUCUUGUUGUGAUAUUCACUGGUUUGUCACUGGUUGUGGAGUGCACUUACUUUUCUGCUGUACUCUUCAAGGUUGAUCAAGGGGGAUGGGUUCCUCUUGUGAUUGCAGCUGCCUUUCUUCUCAUCAUGUAUGUAUGGCACUAUGGUUCAUUGAAACGUUAUGAGUUUGAAAUGCACAGCAAGGUUUCAAUGGCCUGGCUUCUUGGACUUGGCCCCAGUUUAGGACUGGUUCGGGUCCCUGGGGUAGGACUUGUGUAUACUGAGCUUGCAAGCGGGGUGCCCCAUAUCUUUUCCCACUUCAUCACCAACCUGCCUGCUAUCCAUUCUGUUGUUAUCUUUGUUUGUGUGAAGUAUCUUCCUGUAUAUACUGUCCCAGAAGAAGAAAGAUUCCUUGUAAAGCGGAUUGGCCCCAAGAAUUUCCACAUGUUCCGGUGUGUUGCAAGGUAUGGUUACAAAGACCUCCACAGAAAAGAUGAUGACUUUGAGAAAAAGCUGUUUGAUAAUCUUUUCAUGUUUGUCCGACUGGAAGCCAUGAUGGAAGGGUGUUCAGACUCAGAUGAGUACAGUGUAUAUGGCCAGCAAACCGAGAAGUCAAGGGAAAUCCUAUUAAACAAUAAUGGAAACACUUCUCCGUCGUUGGGGGACCUUACCAUGUCAACAGUGGAUGCCAUUGUGCCUGUUAGAUCUCCGGUGAAUAAUGCAAGCAAUACUGUCUCUUCUCAGAUGAGCAACCAGACUGAGAUGGAUGAGCUAGAAUUUAUGAAUAAUUGUAGAGACGCCGGCGUGGUGCAUAUACUUGGUAAUACGGUAGUAAGAGCAAGGAGGGAUUCCAGGUUCUACAAGAAGAUUGCUGUUGAUUAUAUAUAUGCAUUUCUUAGAAAAGUAUGCAGGGAGCACAGUGUGAUCUUCAAUGUCCCUCAUGAGAGUCUCUUGAAUGUUGGACAAAUUUUCUACGUGUAAGUUCUUUAUAUGAUUUUUUUGGUGCCAUCAUUAUCAAUAAAACUGAGAUCAUACCUGUAUCAAACUUGUAAAUGCCUCCCCCAUUUUGUUGGAUCUGUAAGAUAGUAGCACAUAUAUUAGGAUUACAAUCAGAAAGUUGAGAUUUGUACUCCUGGAUGGCUAUGUUUUGACCUCUAGCCUUGACGGGCGGAAUGUAAAUUCUGGUAUUCUAUAUGUCAACAAUUUUUUUUUUUUUUA